CACGUGUGGUCCUCGGAAAAUCGAGGCGUUCAUGUUCAAAAUUCGACGUCGCGAGUGCACAGUACGGGUAGUUCUUCCGACAUGGGGGAGGCAUCGUGGAUAUUAUUGCUGAUCUUGGUUUGUGUGUCGACUGUUCCUGGAUUAUGCUAUCGGAUGCCCAAUCUGACCAUGGAGGCCAGGUAUCCCUCCGGCUUCAGAGUUUUCAUCCCAGAUCAAAGAGGCAUCGAGGAGUUUGGAUUCAACGCUAACAUCAAUGAGCCGCUGGAGUCUUACGAGCCUGGCGAAAUAUCAGCAGAAGUCAAAGAGAAGACCGGUCGUUUCUGGAUUUUCCAAGAUGACGACGUCGGUCUAGAGCCGGGCGACGCUCUUUAUUAUUGGGCUUACGUUGUGUUCAGGGGUGUCGUCUAUAAGAGAGUCCGCCAAAAAUGGGUCUGCAUAAACUUCGUACGAGAAUUCUCGAAUAUCACCCUCCCGAGACGCCCUAAUUCCCACCCGGGGAGACCGCCAUUCCUGCACCCAUUCGGACCUUUCUCGCCCCAUCCGCCACCGGCAAAUUUCACGACGCCUCCAACGUUACCCGCCAUCCCGCUCUCAACGACGAAGCGUUCAGUCGACACGACCACCAGCCCUCCACCCCCUCCUUCACCGCAACCUACGACUCUCCCACCCAGAACCGCGCCACCGGAAACUCAACCACCCCCUACAACGAGGGCCCCCCAACCAGAAACCACAACCGCGCAACCGGAAACCACGACUGCGCAACCGGAAACAACGACCGCACCACCGGAAACUACGACCGCGCCACCGGAAACUACGACCGCACAACCGGAAACGACAACUGCGCAGCCGGAAACUACUACUGCACAACCGGAAACGACAACUGCGCAGCCGGAAAUAACGACUUUGCAAUCGGAAACCACGACGACCGGAAAUGAGGUAGCUACGACGUCACUUCCUGUUGCGACACCGAACUUCUGCAACGAGAGCGUGCCGACGGAUCCGACGGAGGAUACUAUAUCGACGACGGUUUCGGACGCGACGGCGCGGCCUUUCGCGCCACCCGUCUACUGGCCAAGCAACAGAGAGGAUUGUUUGAACGUCUGGUCGCCGACCUACCGGCCCUUCAUGACCCGGCUCAAAAUGACCAAGACUGUGAUUCUCCUCGAGUGUCAAGUCAUGAGUCAAAAGAGGAAGAUGACUCGGGUCCGCUCUGAGCUUUUUAAUCUGAGCAAAUUCAACUAUGAAGUUGAGGCAAGGCUGGAGGCGCUUGAGAAAAAAAUCUACGGCCAUCCCGAGGCCCAACCACUGCAGUUUGGAGAUACCAAAAGAUAAAUGGGUCAAUUUCUGCCGUGCUCAGAAGACACUGUGUGAACAACCGGACGUUGCCAAAUUUGUUCUUAUAAAAUAGAUUUUUCUUUGCCUUAAGAGAGGUUGUGAAAGAAGUAAGAGAAAAAAAUAUUCAUAACUUUUCUUUGAAAAUAAAUACUUUAACGGAGGGAAUUUGCAAAUAUUUGAAUGAUACGGAUACGGCGCUUCCCCCCAGCAUCAUAUAUUUAUUCUCUCGAAUCUGCACUUUCGAGUUGAUCUUAAGCGCCCACAUACAAAAAGUGUCAGGUUUAGUUUUCUUGCCUAUAGUUUCAGGUUUAGCCACAAAUUAUGAAACAGUCAUAAAACAGGUCAUCUAUUGCAAAGUUAUAUACCAUGGCUGUGAUUUUGUCUGUCAUUAAUUGGACGUAUUUCUA